AUGGCGAGGGCAGGAAGCGUCGACGGCAACGCUGUGACUCCUCGAGAGGCAAUGGCGGCAAUGGCAGCAAUGACGGCGAGAGGAGGCAAAGGAAUCUCUAAGGUCGCUCCUUCUCUUCUCGUCGUCGUCGCGCUCGUGCUCGUCCUCCCAACAGCAGUGCUGGCUCAAACUGCCUCCCCACCGCCUCCUCCGGGUGUUUCCUCCCCACCGCCUCCUCCGGGUGUUUCCUCCGCACCUCCUCCUCCGGGUGUUUCCUCCCCACCGCCUCCUCCGGGUGUUUCCUCCCCACCGCCCCCUCCUGCGCCUGCCACUUCAUCGCCCCCACCUCCCCCAGACAUGGCCUCGCCUCCUCCCCCUCCUGGGCCCGCCACGUCAUCUCCCCCACCUCCCCCAGACAUGGCCUCCCCACCCCCCCCUCCUGCACCCGCCACAUCAUCUCCUCCCCCUCCUGACUGCACCCCCAGGCGCCGCCCCUGCCCCUGGCUGUGUGACAAUAACGGGGUGAACCAGCCGUGCCGGUUCAAUAGGGUGUGUGCGGAUGACGAGGUGUUCAUUCCCUUUGUUAGCAGCUGCGAAGGUUACAAGUGCAUGAAGCUGUUCCAUUGA